GUAUGCAGACGUGCGGGGAGAAACGCAGCUCCGGUGCUGAAGCAGGAGGCUGGAGGAGGCACAGAGACUGAGACAGGAGGCUGGAGGAGGGACAGCUCUAAGAGACUGAGACAGGGGGCUGGAGGAGGGACAUCUCUCUGCAGCAUCAGCCGCUCCUCUUGUGUGCUUCCAUUAAAACAGCACUAUGGGAGGCGUGGACGUGGGUGCAGGGGGGGUGAAGGCUCCAGAUGGCGGGUGGGGCUGGGCGGUGCUGGCCGGCUGUUUUCUCAUCACAGGUUUUUCCUACGCUUUCCCUAAAGCCAUCAGUGUCUUUUUCAAAGAGCUCAUCAUCGAGUUUGGGGUCGGAUACAGCGACACUGCCUGGAUCUCCUCCAUACUGCUGGCCAUUCUCUAUGGCACAGGUCCUCUGUGCAGUGUGCUUGUGAACCGCUUCGGCUGUCGUCCUGUGAUGAUGGUGGGUGGCCUUUUUGCCUCUCUGGGAAUGAUCCUGGCCUCCUUCUCCACCAGCAUUAUCCACAUCUACCUCUCGACUGGGGUCAUUACAGGUUUGGGGUUAGCCCUAAACUUCCAACCAUCUCUCAUUAUGCUAAACCAAUACUUCAGUGAGAAGCGUCCUCUGGCCAAUGGACUGUCAGCAGCAGGAAGUCCUGUGGCCCUGUGCUGCCUCUCGCCCCUUGGCCAGUUUUUCCAGUACCAGUACGGAUGGAGGGGGGGCUUCCUCAUCUUGGGUGGCAUUCUACUCAACUGUUGUGUGUGUGGGGCCUUAAUGAGGCCUUUAGUUGCCCCCAAGAUUCUCAAGUCAAGUCUCAAGGAGCUGGAACAGGACAACGAAGAAGGAACAGAGAAGAAGAAGCCCAAAGCCAAACUGCUGGACUUCUCUGUGUUCAAAGACUGUGGCUUUCUCAUCUACACUGUGGCGGCGUCCAUCAUGGUGCUGGGGCUGUUUGUACCUCCAGUGUUUGUCGUGAGCUAUGCGAAGGAGCUGGGGAAUGAGGACACCAAAUCGGCACUGUUGCUCUCUAUCCUGGGCUUCAUUGACAUUUUUGCCCGGCCGACAUGUGGUGUGAUUGCCGGGCUAAAAUGGGUGCGGCCUCGUUGCGUCUACCUCUUAAGCUUUGCUCUGAUCUUCAAUGGAAUUACUGAUCUGGUUGGAUCACAGGCCAAGGACUAUGGAUCGCUGGUGGUAUUCUGCAUUUUCUUCGGCAUCUCCUACGGCAUGGUGGGUGCCCUGCAGUUUGAGGUUCUCAUGGCAAUAGUUGGUACUGAGAAGUUCUCCAGUGCCAUCGGCCUGGUCCUGCUCAUGGAGGCCAUUGCUGUGCUAGUGGGGCCGCCCUCUGCAGGCCGGCUUCUUGAUGCCACCCAUAACUACAUGUGGAUCUUCCUGCUGGCAGGAAGUGAGGUGGUCCUCUCAGCUGUGGUCCUGGCUACAUGUAACUUCCUGUUUAUCAGAAAAGACUCCUCAGAAUCAGCAGACACGCUUGAGAACAUCACAGUGACACAGGUGUGCAGCAAACCUCCAGACAUGAAUGACGAAGAGGAAAAAGGAGCAAGAGAGGAACAAGAGAAGGAGACAAAGAAGGAGGUGAUAAAAGCAUUAAAGGAGGAGGUGGAAGCAGACAAAGAGAAAGUAGAGGAGGCCAGGCCAGAGAGUGUAACAGUGGACUCACAGGAAGUGGAAAGGUUCUUGAAAGAGCCACAACAAAAUGGCGACAUGGCCAGCAGUCCUGAAACAUGCCUGUGAGCAUUCCUUUUUUUAAACUACCCAACAGCAGGAUGAAGUGAACUUUGAACACUGUUGGAUGCUUUCCUUAAAUUCAGCGUUUGACCUAGAUGUUCAUGCCUGUCUUCUUGGUGCCACUGCCAUAUGAAAUAAUAAGAGUUAUGUCAGCAAUAUUUCAUCACUAGAUGUUAAAAAUGUGGUGCAGCACUGCCUUGUGUAUACCCUACUGUUUGUAUCAAAAGUUAAAAGUUUUGUUUUGAUGUGGCCACCAGCAACUAAAGUUAAGGGAUAAUUUGACGUUAUUCUAUAUUCAUAGUGUCAACAGAUCCCAUGAAAAGACCUGACUACAGCUGGAAAUGAGCUUUUAGCUAUUUCUGGUGAAAUAAAUACAAAAUAAAACUUUAAAAAAAUAAACCAACAAUCAAUUUAUCCUACUAAAUGCCUGGUCACACUAAAAAGUGGAGCAGUCAGGCUCAUUCAUGUUCCUUGUGAAAAAGGUUGCGCUAACACCUGGUCGUGUCAAGAAGGUAGGGUAAACCUCAAUAUGCAAAACUUUGCAAAAACUCUUGCUAAACUUGCUGCCUGACGACCUAUCCUAACCUUAACCAUUUUGCAAGAGUUUCACAAUUCGAGGGUUAGCAUCUAGACACGACCCUAAAACCUUGGUGGCAUAGUGAGGACUAGCAUGCUAAACACUAACACUAGCCAGCCAGAACAUGCUAGCACUAGUCAGUCACAGUAGCUCUCUGUGCUAGUUAGCAUGCUUGCUAACUGUCAAUUAGCAAAGCAUGCCUCUGUUGUACUCUAGUAGAGCAGCGUCAGCAAUAAAUAAAUGUUGAUGAGCAUUAAGCUAUGAUAGCAGUCGAAAUGGUUUGUUGUAUUUCAAGAAGACUUCAGUACCAGGCUGUUUUAGGAAAUUACAACAUAAUUAAACAAAUAUAGUUUUAAAGAUUUACGUCUGCAGUAGGAACCAAUGGGUGUGGAGCUAAGAGCCACAUGCAGACAGUGUGGGGGCAUCAGAAAACAUUGAAUGUUGGAUUAACACGCAGUUAGUUUUGGUCUUUUUAUUGGAUUUGUUGGCAAUAAUGAAUAAGAAUAAGAAUGUUAGCAUCAAGCCAGCGCUAUCCUUUAAAUACAAAAGGCUGCUUUUUUUUCGUGUUAUAAGGACUGAGAACAGCUUACUUGUGUGAGAUGGAACACCUUUCUAUUAAUGCUUAAAAUGGUUAGUGUGUGCUGUGAAAACUACUUGUUGUCAUCAAAGUACAAACAUCUGUCCAGUUAAGGCAGACUUGAUGUUUGAGUGUUUGAGUGAGAAGUGGUUUGUGUUGUAUCGGUAUGUAAUGGUUGCUAAUAGUUUCUACGUUCAUAGGGUGUAAGUGUUUAAAGAUUGUUGCUGCUCUCAUGGUAGCUUUGUGAUUCCUCCUCAGAUUAUAAGCAGGGUUUUCAUCACCAUGUCCCAUAAGAUAUUUACAGUCUUUUAGAUGAAGUAUUUAAACUUUAGAGUUUGAGAUACAGUAAGGGAAACAUGUUUUUGUCUACACUGCCCUCACAGAGCAUGAAGUGAAGAGAAAGUUUCACUCUGUCCCUUAAGGCAAUACACUUGUCAUAGUACAAGCAGCCAUACAUGUAUCUCACUGUUAUUGUUGGUAAACUUGCAGGGAAACAGCUCAUGAUAUAACACAACAGCUGGUGAGUGAUGCAUCCAUCAGUAUCCAUGGUGAUGGAAGCCUUCUACAGUUUCGAAUAGCGAGUGGGGCUUGAAGUGUCACUCAGUUUCGUUAGGGGCCUUAAUAUCGUCAUUUUAUCAUUCAACAGAAAUACUAUACACCUGCAAUAGCUGCUAGUUGCUUCUUUUCAGAUGUUACAGAUUAUUUUAUUAUAAUGUAAGACCAUGCAUUCAGCUGAAUACCAAGCUCUCUUCUAGCUUUAUUUUGUUUAUAAAAGCGUGACUCACUGUGAUUUGAAUGUACAGUAUGUAUGUCUAUGUGUGAUAAAGCUGCAAACGGUGAAACAGUAAAGCUAACGCCUGAUAUAUAUUAAAGCAGCUGCUUUAACAAUAAAUAAAAUGUUAAGUCACUCA